AUGACUCCAACAAAAAAAUCCUCACGUCUUCGACGCAUGAGCCGCUUCCUCCCACAGUUAAAUACCGAAACUAAGUCACAACAGCAUCUUCAGCCAGCCAUCCCACGAAAACCUGUGCCUUCGCAGCCUGUUGAGCCCCUUGCUGCCCGUCGAAGCGACCCCGUAAAUACUGGCUCUCCCCUCACACCACGUCCAGACGUGUCACCCGAAUUAUGCCCCGGAUCAUCGGCCAAGUUGCGGAAGCGUCCUGGGCUCACAACAUCGGGCUCUCUAGCGUUAUCAACAGAAGAUGUACCCAAAUCGCGUGCUGCUAGUUGGUACUCAUAUGCGGCGCCGGAUUCUGCCGAGGCUCGGUCAAAUCCUACCUCGCUCAAUGUGCCCGGCAUGGGAGGCGAGGUAGAUAAAGAACCCACCAGUGCGAAGUUGAGAAAAAGUUGGCUUCCAGGCAGCAGAGCUCGGUCGGCUCGAAACAAAUCUCCUGACCAGAUAGAUGAGCUUCCAGCAUGGAUCAAUGCCGGAAAUUCCAAAAUCCAGUAUAACCUUCAAUAUCUUUGUCAGGGAGAAGAGGUUCCCGAACUCUGGAACGAGACGGCAGAUACGUUGGUCUACCUCUGGCCUCGAGAAACUGGUCAUGGUCCUCAAUUUCGUGUGCCAUAUUCUAUUCUCCAAUCAUCCCGAAGAUUGUGCAACCGUAUUCGAGACAAUCAGCCUUUAGUCCUUGACAUCUGCGAUGAAUCACUCAGUCUCCGCAUCGAAGAGUGUCCUCAACAGAAUAUCGGGACACCUCCGUACACUCCGAAUCAGUGUUCUGGACCUGGAAGUAUUCAAUCCAAAGGCUCCCUAAAUUCAUUAGAUCAAUCUUGUAUUCACCAUUUAUACUUUCCAAUAGACCUAAGCUCACAAGAGAUACCUUGCUCGCCAAAUGAUAGCCAAAAGCUCGUCGACGUUCGUAAUCUCUUUGCACUUCUCACAAGUCAGCCGCUAGUGGCAACCCCAAUGUGUCCAUCAAACUUCAAGACCCUCCUCGCAGUUUCAGUGCUUCUAAAAGAAUUUGAUUUUAGUAACGAAGAUGGGAGCUCUUUUGGCACUGCUGUCGAUUUAUCUUUUAGCUUUUGUCUAAAAGAGUUACCCCAGCUAGCAGAUUGCCGUGAGAGCAAUCAGACUACUAUUGAAGCUCUAAUACUUGCUGAGGCCAUGAAAUCCACCGAACUUUACAACGAAGCAUUUGCUCAUGCAGUUGGUAAAUAUUCUGCACUAGUCUCACCCAAAAGCAGCGGCCGCCUAAGCUUCAUAUCUCCGUUGACACGCAAUCGUCUGGAAAAAUCAUAUCGAGAUCUUAAACAGAGGGUUAGAGCAGUCAAUGAUCGUCUGAUCGACUUCGAAUUCCCAUCCCUAUUCGCAGGAAUUGCCGCUUCAAAUACCAUGGCUGAGUCAAAACUUGUUCGUUUUAAGCAGUGGAGAGUCAGUUUUGCAGCAUUCCGGAAACAUGUUCUAUCAUAUUACAAAGAGCUACAUGGCCAGUGGCCCCCUAAAGCAAGUAGUAAGAAGAAUAACUUUAUAGAAUCCGGCCUAAACCGUAUGGUCUUGAAAGCUUUUUACAGUGAUUUAUGCGAUUUAUACGACUUCCUCGCAGAUAGGGAAUCUCUGACGACUAGGGUCUACGACGGGGAUGGCGAGGAAGAGUCAGUUGCCACUGCUUCUUGUGCAACAGCUCUUCGGAAACUCUUAGAUGAAUAUGACCGAUCUUCACCGCCAGUACAACCACCUAUUCCGUUCGACAUUUCUCUUGUCCCAUCAAUUGGGUCCAUUGAACCUACAUUUCAUGGCCUCGGACCCAUGGACCAGUAUAAAAAAAUGCACCAGAAACUCACGGAGAGUGAGGUUGGCUUGAUACUCGCCAAAAGUCACAAUUUGGACUCAGAUUAUAAGACUCCUUUUAUCGAGGCUUUUAAAGCUUUCGAAUUAAAGGAAGGCAGAGGAAGGAGCGCAGCGGAGCUAUCCGAACAACGACACGGACACUGGAUUUUCUUGUACUCCUGCAUCCAGGCACUCCCACUCUUGGUGACAGAUGCUCCUGGCCUUCAGUAUACAGAUGGUGUUGAGUAUUUUCUUUGUCAAGUUCCACUUGGUAAUCUUCCAUGGGUUGAAGACCAGUCACAAGUUAAAAUGACUUGGUUUGGAGUACAAGGUGGUCAACAAAUUGUAUCUUUACCCAGCGACGUUGUUCAUCAUGGAGUUGAGGCGACAUAUCGUCGGUCUCAUUGCUGGGUGGCUGCUGAAAAAUGGAUUGCGUCGGAGCAAAAUAGCAUCAUGUCAGAGCUUCAAGAAGAUGAAGACUUUUCCCCAUUAUCCCCACCUCCAGGAUUUAGUGGCAGUAGCUUUGGUUUACGUCAGGGUACUCCGACGCAAGAGAAAAACUCGGAAACGGUGUCGCGAUGUAGCAGCCGGAAUUCUUGCUCUAGCACAAGUCAACUACAGGUGCGAGGUCGAAGCCGACAAUGUCCGCGAAAUAGUAUCAUACUCGGUCUAGAGCGAGUUCAGAUUGACUUUGAUGGAAAUCAGUUCCAAGGAAAACCUGGAUCUCGCGGUAAUUCGCCCGUCAGCUACAACUGCCGAUCACAAAGCCGGACUGGUGAAGGCACUGAGAGCCGCGAUCUUGGAAGUAGCACGUUUGAUGACAUCUUACAUAGCAUGGUUGCAGACAAACAAGUUGUACAGUCUAAAAAUGAAUCUGUCAAAGAUGCGAAAAAACGUAAUCGAUACAAACGAUAA